AUGGAAGCCGAGUUUGUAGCCGCUACCAAGGCGGCACGCGAGUUGCUCGAACUGCGUAAGAUGCUCAGCGAGAUUGGUAUGGCAUGGGUAUUGCUAAUAAAGCUCUAUGUCGACAACCAAGCGGCCAUCGGUCAAAUUUCGGGUGAAGCACAAUCGGUGAAGGCCAAGCAUAUCGAUGUUCGACUUGAGUUCCUGUGCUGUUCUUCGCGCCGCGGUGUGAUCGCUGCGUGCUACCUGAGGUCAAAGAUGAUGCUUGCCGAUCUAAUGAAGAAGGCUUAUGAUGCGUCGAAGCUUGCAUCGCUUCGUGGGAUACUAUGCAUCGGCUAG